AUGUAUAAAUGCAUGGAUGUUAAUCGUUUUCAUUUCAUUGAAGGUGAUACUGAUUCAUCUUAUUGGGCAAUCGCUGGCGACCCAAAUCUUCCUAACACUCAAGCAUUUCAAGCAAUUGUUACCGAUAAACAAUUUUAUGAUAAAAACAUUUUCAAAUUCGCACCAUUUGAUUUCUUCUGUUUUGAUGAGAAAUUUAAACCUAAAUUAAAGAAUAAAGCUGAAGAAAAAGCACAUGAGAAGAAGUUAUUGGGUUUAGCAAUUGAGAAACAAGGUGAUAACAUGGUUGCUUUAUGCCCUAAGUGUUAUACAUCAUUCAACGGUUCAAUUGAUGGAAGUGAUUUUAAAAAGAUUGCACAAAAAAUGAAAGGUGUUAGUUUACGACAAAAUAAACAAUUAACACCUAAAAAUUAUUUGGAUAUAAUAAAUGAUAAAGUUAUUUUCGAUGGUCAGAAUAUUAAUUUACAACUUAAAAACAGGUCAAUGACUCGCUUAACAAUCGGUAAGACUGCAUUAACAGGAGCACACACUAAGGCUGUAUGUUGUGAAAAUGGAUGUUGUAUGCCAUUUAUUUAA